AUGGCUUCUAGACUAAGCCAAUUCACGCGAGACGUCUCGCCGUAUCUCAUCCUCUUAAUUGCUAUCAGCACCUUGGGGCCAUUGCAAUUCGGCUUUCACCUGGGCGAGCUGAACGCACCACAAGAUGUCAUUACUUGUCAGAAGAAGUCCAUAUGGGCUCGAACUGUGACCACCGCAUUUGCCCGAUCGAACCAUGUCCAUCCUACUUCAGACCUCCUCGACUGUAUACCUAUGGAUAAUGUCCAAUUCGCUAUUGUAUCGAGCGCUUUCACCGUCGGCGGAUUGAUUGGAGCUCUCGGCGCUGGCCCCGUCUCUUCUUCCUAUGGGCGGCUUUUGGCGAUGCGCAUCACAAGCGUUUUCUUUGCCAUUGGCUCUGUUAUCGAAGCUGUAGCCAGCGCCAUUUCGAUCUUGGCUAUCGGUAGAAUACUGUCCGGUGCCGGAGCUGGUGCCGCAACCGUCAUUGUGCCACUCUACAUCAGUGAGAUCGCACCGCCCAAGGAGCGUGGAUUCUUUGGUUUUAUGACUCAGAUCAGCAUCAACGUCGGCAUUCUCACAGCCCAGACUCUAGGAUAUUUCCUGAGUUAUGGUUCGGCAUGGCGAUGGAUCUUGGGCACUGGCGCUAUCAUUGGCGGUGCUCACGGCUUUGGUCUCUUCCUUGUGCCCGAGAGUCCCGCUUGGCUGGCAGCGAACAAGAGUGCUUCCCGUGCCAGACGUAUUCUUCAGCGUAUCCGCGGUAAGGACUACGACGUUGAGGAAGAGGUAGCUGCGUGGAGCCCCGGUGCGGAGAAUCCUGAGGAAGAGGGUCUACUGGAAGACGAUGCCGACGCCGAAAUCCAAGCCUCCCGGUCAGGCGCCAACGCCGGUAAGGACGGUGGCAAGGACAGUGAACAUCUUGGCUUUAUCCAGGUCGUUCGCGACCCUGAGACAAGACCUGCCAUCAUUGCUGUCGUCGGGACGAUGUUUGCACAACAACUAUGUGGUAUCAACUCGAUUAUCAUGUACUCUGUGUCCCUCCUCGCCGAUCUCCUGCCUAUCAGCUCCGCACUGCUCACGCUUAUCAUCUCGGCUAUGAACCUUGUUGUUACUAUCGCAUGCUCACCUCUGCCGGAUAAGCUGGGACGCAAGGCAUGCUUGUUGCUGUCUACUGUAGGUCAGGGCACGAGCGCCCUCUGCCUGGCUUUAUCGAUUAUGUUCGGUGUCAAGAUCCUCAGUGCCAUCGCUGUGUUGACCUUUGUCGCAUUCUUUGCGGUCGGCCUGGGCCCAGUACCGUUCAUGAUGGCGAGCGAGCUCGUUGGUCAAAAAGCCGUCGGUGCAACGCAGAGUUGGGGCUUGGGCGCCAGCUAUAUUGCAACAUUCCUUGUAGCACAGUUCUUUCCCAUCGUCAACGCUGCUUUGAACGAACGUCUGGGCGGCGCUGGCUGGGUCUACUUCAUAUUCACAGCCCUAGCCGUCUGCUCAGGCCUGUUCAUCACGUGGAGAGUGCCAGAGACCAAUGGUAAGAAGGAUGCAGACGAAGUCUGGGGACGAACUCGCCGUCUUGAUUGA